AUAUAUUUGUGUCGAAAACUAUAGAUAACUGAAUAAUAAACCAAAAUCAAAGGCUAAGUAUAUCAAUCUAGUAUAGGCCAGAAAUUAACUUUAAACUGCAGUGUUUGCGAGCAAAUAGAAUAGAGUGGCUUCCCCUGAAUCUCCUACCAUAAGUUUACAAAAAAAACAACAACAACAUUAAACAAGAUGGCUGCUACAGUAAAUGAGCUUUGUUGCAUCUGAUGAAAACAUUGCUAGAAAAAAAUCUAGCCUUUAUUAAUUACUGAAAAGUUGUAAGACAAUUAUUGUUUAAAAUCAGUUAAGAAUAAACAGAAAGGAGUAACAAAAAACUUUGAUCUGAAAUGCCAAGAUAUGCUCAAUUAGUUGUUGGUCCUGCAGGCAGUGGUAAGAAAUCGGAAAUAGCGAAAAUUACUACUUUAGAUCAAUGGAAAUACUCAAAAUUUGACAGAAGUCUGCCUACUGCAGCCAUUUGACCAAACAUUGUAGUGUUAUAAAGAGGACAGUGAAUGUUGUCAAUCUAGAUCCAGCAGCAGAGUAUUUUGACUAUCCUGUAAUGGCUGAUAUCAGAGAACUGAUUCAUAUUGAUGAUGUAAUGGAAGAUAAAAGUCUAAGCUUUGGACCCAAUGGUGGAUUAAUCUUUUGCAUGGAGUACUUAGCAAAUAAUUUUGAGUGGCUUCAAGAGCAACUAUAUGAAGAGGAAGAUGACUACAUUUUGUUUGAUUGUCCAGGUCAGAUUGAGCUUUAUACACAUAUUCCAGUGAUGAAGAUGUUGGUAGAGAAGCUGUUGUCAUGGGAUUUCCAUGUUUGUGUCGUAUUUUUAUUAGAUGCUCAAUUUCUGGUUGAUGCUGCCAAAUUUGUUUCUGGUUCGCUGUGUGCACUGUCAACUAUGAUUAAUUUAGAAGUUCCUCAUGUUAAUGUUCUUACAAAAAUGGAUUUAUUGAGCAAAAAGUCAAAAAAAAACCUUAAUAGAUAUUUGGAGCCAGAGCUUAACAGCUUACUCAUGGAAGAAUUUCAGGAAGAGGAAUUUGGUAUCAAGUUCAAAUCCAUUAACAAAGCAAUUGCCCAGCUGUUGGAUGAUUUUAGUCUUGUGCAUUUUAUACCUCUUGACUACACAAAAGAAGAAAGCAUAAAUGAUCUUCUCAUUCAUAUUGACUCUACUAUACAAUAUGGAGAAGAUUUAGAACCUAAAGAGAUAAGGGAUGAAAUUCAUGAAGCUGAUUUUAAAGAUCAAGAAGAAAAUUAUAAUAACUGAGAAUAAACAAAUGAAAACCA